AUGGACAGCUGCGUUCUCGAUCGAGAGGAUGUGCAGAAGCUCCAGGCUCUGGUUCCUACGGAUGAGGAGCUGAAACUGAUCAAGGAGGCCAAAGCCCAGAGCCCUCGCUGCCCCCUGGCCCCAGCUGAGAGCUGCCUACAAACUUUGGGGGGCAUCCAGCACUUGAGCUCCAGGCUUCAUCUUUGGGCCUUUGCUCUUGACUAUGAUGCACUGGAGAGGGCCCGAGGCUUUGAGCUGAGUUACCUUGGCAAGCUCUCGCAGGUGAGGGAUACCCACGGCCGCCAGCCACUGUUACAUCACCUGUGUGUGCUACUGCUGGAGAUUUACCCAGAAUGCUCUGACCUCUACUCGGACAUCACUGCCGUCAGCCGGGCCAGUAAGUGUGAUUACUCUCAAGUCCAGUCAAACCUGGCCCACCUCGAGGCCCAUUGCAAAGCCUCAUGGGAACAGCUGCGGCUGCUGGAGAGGGAUGGGGACAGGAGGGGCAAAGGCAGUGGGGCAGACAGGUCCGCUGGGUCUGGAAAAGAGGGGUGCCUCCGUCAGAAUCUCCCCCAGUUUCUGAAGGAGUGUGUGGAGAGACUGAAGGUACUCAGGGCUGUCCACAGACGAGUCAUCAACAGAUUUCAUGCAUUCCUCCUGUUUCUGGGUUACUCUCGUGCCAUGGUAAGAGAGACCAGCGUGGAGGCCUUCUGUAAAACCGUGAGUGACUUCGCCCUGGAGUACAGGGCAACACGGCAUGCCAUCCUACAGCAGAGAGAAAGGGAGAAAGAGAGAGAAGAGGGAGACAAAGAACGAGAAAAGAGAGGAGACCUCACCCCUCAGUCCAAGCCAAAACAACAGCCUCAGACACCAUCUCAGGAAAGCCUUGAACAAUACAAACUAGAGAAGAUACUGAGGGCUCCGGAGACAUCCGUUAAUAAAUCGGACCUCAUGAUGCGCAGACACCGCAGUAGAACACCAGACAAAAGAGGUUUACACACACGUGGGCUUAAAUGGUGACACCAGCUAUACCUCUCCUCUACAACAGUGACAAAGCCUUGACACAAAUAUUAAAGUUUUGCUUCUUUGUUAAAUGCCAUUUGUUACUUCAUAUCUUAAUGAAUAACUGUAUCAUUUGUAUGACUUCACAAAUGUAAUAAACAAUGGUUGCUUUAAUGUUUUGUUUUGACCCCAUGCGGCCUUUGUGUGAAUCCUGUGAUUUUACUCUAUAAACAUUUUCAUUUAAAUGUUAUCAAUAUAAGAAAAUUAAAAAUUAAAAACA